AUGGUUAUUCAUGAUCGUGAUAUUGAUCGUUUUGCUGAUCGUAGUCGAGAACUUUGGUCUGAUCGAACAAUGUCGGAUAUGAAAUAUAGACAAAAUAAUUUUCUUCGUUGUUGUGGAAAUUGUCCAUUUGCAUCAUUACUUGCAUUUAUUAUAACAAUAGUUGGUACAAGUAUUUUUUGUGGUUGUCUGUAUUAUCCAAUUCGAACAUCUAUUGAACAAAUAAAUAAUGCUUUUGAAACUGAAUAUGUUGAUCUUGAAUGGAUUCGUAUAUUACGUUUGACAGUUAUUUUUAUUCUUGCAAUAAUGGGAAGUUUUUCAUUUAUAUUACUUAUUGUUGGAUCAUUAGCUACAGGUGCUACACGUCAUCAAGUUUAUACUGGAUUUCGUUCUCGACUUGGCGGUCGCAUUGCAACAGGAUUUUUUACAUUUGUUGUCUAUAUUAUGUUACUUAUUUGGUUAAUUAUAAUGAUAAGUAUGAUGAUACCAUGUAUUGGUUUAUAUAUAUUAGGACAUCGUUGUACUGAAACUUGGGUAGUACAAACAGUAUCUGGCUGGCCAAAUACAGCAUCACCAGUAGCUUGUUUAACACCAGGAACUUAUGGAAUUCCUGUACCUAAACAUAAACCUGAUGUAAAAGUUUGUCAACACAAAUUUAAUGAAUUAUGUGCAUUGACGACUCAUACAUUGAAAUUUUGGGCAGGUUUAGUUGGUUCAUUUUUUGUUGUUAUGGGUUUGAUUCAUUUUCUUUGUUGUCUUGCGGCUAAUUAUGCUCAUAUAAGAGAUGGUCGAAAAUUACAUGAUUAUGAAGAAGCAAUACGAGAAGAACUUGAAAUAUCAAAAUUAAAUCAAUAA